AUGGCAGCCAAGGCCCCCAUCCCGCAGAACGACAAUGUCGCCCACGCCCUCGCCGGCGCUGGCGGCGGCAUCCUCUCCAUGGUCCUGACGUACCCGCUCAUCACGCUGUCGACGCGCGCGCAGGUCGAGUCCAAAAAGGCAGAGACCAAGUUCGUCGAGGCCGUCCAGAAGAUCAUUGCCCGCGAGGGCGUCCCGGGCCUGUACUCCGGCAUCAACUCGGCGCUCUUCGGCAUCAGCGUCACCAACUUCGUCUACUACUACUGGUACGAGUGGACCCGCGCCAGCUUUGAGCGCGCCCGCGCGAGCAAGAAGCUCUCCACCAUCGAGUCCAUGAUCGCGGGCGCCAUCGCCGGCUCGGCGACCGUCAUCAUCACCAACCCCAUCUGGGUCGUCAACACCCGUGUCACGACCCGCAAGCAGGACGCCGAGGUCGACGGCGAUGUCGAGGCCGGCGCCGUCAAGCGCUCCAAGGCGCCCUCCACCAUCGGCACCCUCAUGGCGCUGCUCAAGAACGAGGGCCCCCAGGCCCUCUUCGCGGGUGUCAUCCCCGCCUUGGUGCUCGUCAUCAACCCCAUCCUCCAGUACACCCUCUUCGAGCAGAUGAAGAAUGCCGUCGAGAAGAGGAGGAAGAUGACGCCCACCAUCGCCUUCUUCCUCGGCGCCCUCGGCAAGCUCUUCGCCACCAGCGUCACCUACCCCUACAUCACGGUCAAGAGCCAGAUGCACGUUGCCGCCCACGGCAAGAAGAAGGAGGGCAUGUCGCAGACCCUGAACCGCGUCAUCAAGGAGGAGGGCUAUGCCGGCCUCUACAAGGGCAUCGGCCCCAAGGUCACGCAGAGCGUCCUGACGGCAGCUUUCCUGUUCGCCUUCAAGGACGUCCUGUACGAGCAGACCGUCAGGCUCCGCUCCCGCAAGAGCGCGUAA